AUGGAUUCAUAAGGUCUAUCCAACUUAAGUUUUGGUUUAGCGAAAUGCGCUAAUCUGUAAACUUUCACUGUUGAUCUAAGUUAAAAUAUAAUAGGUGGAUUUGGUGCAUCAGACUUAGGCUCUGCUUUAGCAAAGUGUCUUAAUCUGUCAAAUUUAACACUCAAAUUUAAUUGCAACUCGAUUGGUUCUUAGGGUACUUAAGCUUUUUGUUCCUAAUUAGCAAAAUUUAAUAAUCUCUCAAAUUUGACUCUUAACCUUAACGAGAAUUCAAUUAGUGAUAAGGGUGUAUCUGAGUUAGGUUUUUCUUUAACAAAAUGUGCUAAACUCUAAAUUUUGACUUUAUUCCUAGAGUAAAAUUUAAUUGGUGAUAAAGGUAUGUCAAAUUUAGGUUCUGCUUUCGAAAAGUUAACUAAUCUCUCAACUUUAAAUUUUUACAUUUGUGAUAAUAAAAUUAGUUCAUUGGGUGCAUCAGCUUUAUUCUUUGGACUGAGCAAAUGUUCUAAUCUCUCGAUUUUGAUAUUAGAUUUUGGAAAUUAAAUUGGAGAAAUCGGUGCUUCAAAUUUAGGCGCUUCUUUAACAAACCAUGUUAAACUAUAAAAUUUAAUAAUAAACCUCAAUCAAAAUAAAAUUAAUGACAAGAGUGUAUUAGACUUGGCUUCUGGUAUAGCCAACUGUGUUAAUAUCUCAAAAUUAACUCUACAUCUUAAUAAUAAUUUAAUUGGUACUUAGGGAGCAUCAGAUCUAGGUGUCAAUUUAGGAAAGUGUGUGCAUCUCUCAAGUUUAACACUUAAUAUAAAAAAAAAUUCUAUUGGUAAUAAGGGAGUAUUAUAUUUAGGUACAGAGCUAGCAAAGUGUACUAGGCUAUCAUUUUUGACUGUUAAUCUAUAGUAUAAAGAAUCUUUCGGAUUAAAGCUUAAAGGUAAAGUUAAAAAAAUGAAGAGAUUAGUAGAAAUCAUAAUUGUUAAAGAAUAUUGA